AUGGCAUCACCCUUGGUUGCAGCACCCAGCUCUCACGCCUCGACAACGUACAAAGAAGCGCGAGAGGGCGCUGCUGCCUAUCUACAAUCCCGACUUGCAUCAAUAGCUUCCAUAACAGAUGAAGAAUUCACAGUACCAGCCAUUGACAUAUCGCCUUCAUUUUCGGCUUCACUGGCUGAGCGACAGAGUGUAGCAAACCAGAUCCGGAAGGCAUGCACAACUUCUGGUUUCUUCUACAUCACCAACCACGGCGUGCCUAAAUCUGCACGGGAUGGCAUCUUGCAUCAAGCUAAGCGUUUCAUGCAUGAAUUGAGUAUUGAGCAGAAAGAGAAGCUGCAUACAAAAAGAAGCAAGCUAGGACUUGGCUGGGAGCCAAGCGAGUAUACAUCGAUUGCUGGCGAUCUGGAAACAAAAGAAGUCUUCAACUUUUCGUAUGAAGCAGGCAUGGAUAGAACUGGGGGCGAUGGCAAGUACACCAAUCUGGAUGGGACUCCAGGAAACGGUAAUCUGUGGCCCAAGGAAGAUGAACUGCCAGGCUUCUAUGCGGCUGUCAAAGAAUACUAUAGUGCAGUCCUCGAGCUUGCACGUCACCUCUUUCGCCUAUUCGCACUGUCCCUAAAUUUGGAAGAAACAUAUUUCGACCCAAUGACCACACAUCCCGGCGGCAUAGCUCGCCUCUUGUAUUAUCCCCCACCCAGGAGUCCUCUAUUGUCAUGUUCGCCAGCGUCUUCAGAGGAGCAAAUUGGUCUCGGCGCGCACUCUGACUACGAGUGCUUCACACUCCUCCUUCCCUCCUCCGUUCCCGGCCUGGAGAUCCUCAAGCCUUCUGGACACUGGCAUAUCGCGUCUCCGCCGCCUGACUCUCUUAUCUUGAACGUUGCAGACUUCCUGAUGCGCUGGACGAACGGGCUGUACAAGAGUACCGUGCAUAGGGUCGUGAAUCGAAGCACAGAAGCGCGGUAUAGUGUUCCGUUUUUCUUCAGUGUGAACUACGACACACUUGUUGAGACUUUGCCGACUUGUCUCUCUGAAGGAGAAGAAAGCAAAUGGAAGCCUAUUAGGGCGGGCGAGUACAUCUUGGAGAGACUGAACGCUACGACGAAGGAUGGAAUUGGUUUUUUCGAAAACGAGAACGUGGCUGGAAAGACUCCUAGAUCCGAGAGCUAG